AUGGGGCGAGUGACACAGGAGACGGACGCCAUCUUUCCCUGGCUGAUGGGGCGCCGGUGUGGGCCGCCGUCCUGGCCACUUUGUGAUUUUUUCCUGCCAGAUAUUAAGAUACGCCGCCAUGUUGUAGUAAAGCAGGUUGCAAGAGUCGCCUCCACUCUAGAGGAGGUGGCCUCCACUCUAGCAGAGAUCGUCUACACUCUAGCAGAGGUCGCCUCCACUCUAGAGGAGGUGGCCUCCACUCUAGCAGAGAUCGUCUACACUCUAGCAGAGGUCGCCUCCACUCUAGAGGAGGUCGCCUCCACUCUAGCAGAGAUCGUCUACACUCUAGCAGAGGUCGCCUCCACUCUAGAGGAGGUGGCCUCCACUCUAGCAGAGAUCGUCUACACUCUAGCAGAGGUCGCCUCCACUCUAGAGGAGGUCGCCUCCACUCUAGCAGAGAUCGUCUACACUCUAGCAGAGGUCGCCUCCACUCUAGAGGAGGUCGCCUCCACUCUAGCAGAGAUCGUCUACACUCUAGCAGAGGUCGCCUCCACUCUAGAGGAGGUCGCCUCCACUCUAGCAGAGAUCGUCUACACUCUAGCAGAGGUCGCCUCCACUCUAGAGGAGGUGGCCUCCACUCUAGCAGAGAUCGUCUACACUCUAGCAGAGGUCGUCUACACUCUAGCAGAGCAGAGGUCGUCUACACUAGCAGAGGCCGCCUCCACUCUAGCAGAGGUCGUCUACACUCUAGCAGAGGCCGCCUCCACUCUAGCAGAGGUCGUCUACACUCUAGCAGAGGUCGUCUACACUCUAGCAGAGGUCGCCUACACUCUAGCAGAGGUCGCCUACACUCUAGCAGAGGUCGCCUCCACUCUAGCAGAGGUCACCUACACUCUAGCAGAGGUCGCCUACACUCUAGCAGAGGUCGUCUACACUCUAGCAGAGGUCGCCUACACUCUAGCAGAGGUCGCCUACACUCUAGCAGAGGUCGCCUCCACUCUAGCAGAAGUCACCUACACUCUAGCAGAGGUCGUCUACACUCUAGCAGAGGUCGCCUACACUCUAGCAGAGGUCGCCUACACUCUAGCAGAGGUCGCCUCCACUCUAGCAGAGGUCGCCUCCACUCUAGCAGAGGUCACCUACACUCUAGCAGAGGUCGUCUACACUCUAGCAGAGGUCGCCUACACUCUAGCAGAGGUCGCCUACACUCUAGCAGAGGUCGUCUACACUCUAGCAGAAGUCACCUACACUCUAGCAGAGGUCGUCUACACUCUAGCAGAGGUCGUCUACACUCUAGCAGAGGUCGUCUACACUCUAACAGAGGUCGUCUACACUCUAGCAGAGGUCGUCUACACUCUAGCAGAGGUCGUCUACAUUCUAGCAGAGGUCGCCUCCACUCUAACAGAGGUCGUCUACACUCUAGCAGAGGUCGUCUACACUCUAGCAGAGGUCGUCUACACUCUAGCAGAGGUCGCCUCCACUCUAACAGAGGUCGUCUACACUCUAGCAGAGGUCGUCUACACUCUAGCAGAGGCCGCCUCCACUCUAACAGAGGUCGUCUACACUCUAGCAGAGGUCGUCUACACUCUAGCAGAGGCCGCCUCUACUCUAACAGAGGUCGUCUAUACUCUAGCAGAGGUCGUCUACACUCUAGCAGAGGUCGUCUACACUCUAGCAGAGGCCGCCUCUACUCUAACAGAGGUCGUCUACACUCUAGCAGAGGUCGUCUACACUCUAGCAGAGGCCGCCUCUACUCUAACAGAGGUCGUCUACACUCUAGCAGAGGUCGUCUACACUCUAGCAGAGGUCGUCUACACUCUAGCAGAGGCCGCCUCUACUCUAACAGAGGUCGUCUACACUCUAGCAGAGGUCGUCUACACUCUAGCAGAGGCCGUCUCUACUCUAACAGAGGUCGUCUACACUCUAGCAGAGGUCGUCUACACUCUAGCAGAGGUCGUCUACACUCUAGCAGAGGUCGUCUACACUCUAGCAGAGGUCGUCUACACUCUAGCAGAGGUCGUCUACACUCUAGCAGAGGUCGUCUACACUCUAGCAGAGGUCGUCUACACUCUAGCAGAGGUCGUCUACAUUCUAGCAGAGGUCGUCUACACUCUAGCAGAGGCAGUCUACAUUCUAGCAGAGGUUGCCAUAACAAGUGACAUACUCUCCACUCUUCCCCCUUCCCAGGUCCACUUGUGGUAUAAUUGGGAGUGA